GGAACAGUAAAAUUCCUGCUCCUCCUCUGUAUAGUAGUUACCAGAGCGCAGCCUGACUCAGUUCACACAGACCUGGGCGUUCAUCAGCUCCACUUUCAAAAUCACUGCAAUGAACAACAAUGAUUGCAGUUUCUUGCGUUGCCGAGCACCUUUAAGGGAUGACGCGCAGACGGUGACCUUUGCGCGACUGUAUAAGAAGACCGCGGAUGCCAAACGCGGCGCGUCCCCUGCGUGUCCGAAGCGUAAAAGCGCGCAAUGACAAAAAAACGCGCACACUGCGGUCCCGCCGCGCUUCAUCUGAAUCUGGAAAUUAGGAUUAUGAGGUUGUUGGGUGAAGCGAAUCGCCCUCCUUUGUUCGCGCGGAUGAGGGUCUGACGUGUUCCCGGGGGAUUUUCAGUCGCGGUUCAAACGCUGGAAACAUACACACACACACACACACUUAAUGCUGCUAUGACUUCCUGCAUGCGUCUGCACUGUGAUCUGAUUGCUCUUCGCAUGCUGCUGCUGUUGAUCUCGGUGCUGCUCGUGUUUGUGAGGUCCGAUUCGGCGGAUAACCGAUGCUUGUCGUCUCUCAUCUCCACAUGUGAAGACUGUCUGAGACGUGGCCCUGAAUGCGUGUGGUGCUCUCAGGAGAGGUUUCUGGACGGGGCUCAUGUAAGUCAGCGAUGUGGAUCUGUGUCUGACCUGAGAGUCCGGGGCUGUGAAGAGGCUUUUAUCCAAAACCCAAAUGUGAAAGUGGAAGUAAAUGCCACUAUCGGCAGCUCACAGGUGUCACCGAGAGAGAUUAACAUCCACCUACGACCAGGCGGCGAGGUGUCGUUUGUGGUGGAGGUGCAGCAGUUGGAGCGCUAUCCUGUGGAUCUGUACUAUCUAGUGGACGUCUCGGCCUCCAUGCAGGAUAAUCUGGACCGGCUGAAGACGGCGGGUCUGGCUCUGUCUCAUCUGAUGAAGGAGCACUCCAGUGACUUUAGAGUGGGCUUCGGCUCAUUCGUGGAUAAACCGCUGUCUCCUUACAUUGACGUCCAUCCCUCCAAACUCCUGAACCCCUGCAGUGAUUAUGAGGUGAACUGCAGGCCGGCCCACGGCUUCAUCCAUGUCCUACCCAUCACACACAACAUGACGGAGUUCACGCGGGUCAUCCAGGAGCAGAGGAUCUCCGGGAACAUGGACACGCCGGAGGGAGGCUUCGACGCCAUGCUGCAGGCCACCGUCUGUCAGAAAGACAUCGGAUGGCGACCCGAAGCGAAGCGUCUGCUGCUGGUUAUGACAGACCAGCCGUCUCAUCUGGCUCUGGACAGUAAACUGUCUGGUAUCGUGGUUCCUCACGACGGCCGCUGCCAUCUAGAGGAUAACAUCUACUCCCAAACCACUACUAUGGAGCACCCAACAAUCGCUCAACUGGCAGAGAAGCUUCUGGAGAACAGCGUUUACUCCAUCUUUGCAGUGGACCAGGUGCAAUAUCGGUGGUAUGAGGAUCUGCUGGACUUGAUUCCUGGAAGUUACGUGGGCCGACUCUUUCCCAAAGCAUCUAAUCUAAAAGAUUUAGUAGUGCAUGCCUACAAGAAGCUGCUGUCGGAUGUGGAGGUGCAGAUCGGGCUGGAGGACGGCCAGGCUCAGCGCUUCCGGGUGAGCGUCACGGCCCUCUGCCCCGACGGAUCCACUGUCUCUGGAAACACGAAAUGCUCCGGCGUUCGGCCCAAACAAACAGUUUUCUUCAGGGUGACUGUAGGAAUGAGCAGUUGUCCGGCGGACGGCGGCGAUCGGGAUGUUUUGAUGUCCGUCAGGCCCGUGGGCUUUAACGAGUCCAUGAGCGUCCGGAUCCGUCAGAUGUGUGCCUGCGACUGCGCUCAGACGGGCCGCUGUCGUGAUGACCCCGAUCCCGCGGACUGUCCCGCGGAGACCAGCGGCUGUAGAGCGCACCGGAGCGCAGCCGUCUGCAGCGGGAGAGGGGUCUGUAAGUGCGGGACGUGUGUGUGUGACUCCAGCAGACUGGGAAACAUCUACGGCAAGUUCUGUGAGAUGGACGACUUCUCCUGUCCGUAUGUGAAGGGCCUGGUGUGUGCAGGACACGGCCGGUGUGUUUCGGGUGAGUGUGUGUGUCUCCCUGGCUGGACGGGUGAGUCCUGCGACUGUCCCGUCUCCACCGAGAGCUGCGUGUCAGAUGACGGCUUGAUUUGCAGCGGCUGGGGAAAGUGUGUGUGCGGCAAGUGUGUGUGUGACGACACUCGGCGAUCUGGAGCCUUCUGUGAGAAAUGCCCCAUCUGCUACAGUUCCUGUCAAUCACACUGGAGCUGUGUGAAGUGUCACCUCUCUCACGGCCUGGGAUCAGACGCGCUGCAGCUCUGUAAUCACAGCUGUGCUCCAGCGGUGGAGUAUGUGGAAGACAUCACAGAGCUGGUGCGGGGGAAAUACUGCCAGUAUCCCAGCAGUGAGAAGUGUCAGCAUCGAUUCCUCGUGGACUUGGCUUCGGAUCGGCCUCAGCUGCACAUCAGUCAACAUCCUGUGUGUGUUUGGAGUCGGCGGUACUUUAAGACGUUCCUCAGCGCCUUCCUUCUGACCGUCACACUGGGAAUCGGCAUGCUGGCCGCCAUCCGACAGCUGCUGAGAGCUAGAAACUGCUCGUGGCAGUCCAACCCUGAGCAACAGUUUGACCACAGCCGUAAGAACUCAUACGUCCCCACGACCAAUGAGAAGACGAUCACAUACAGGAGGGACCGUCUGCCGAAUCACCCGGUGGAGAUGCACUCGCACGUGCCCAAGAAGCCCCUGAGCGAUGCCUGGCAGUGAUGAUGAGGGUCAAAGGUCGCUCUAGAACCGAAGCACUACCUGAAUGAAAACACAAUCUUUCUCUUUAAGCACUUACUUCACGAGAGGUGUUUUUCAUUUCAUUUCUCAUGUAUGAUGUUGAAUGGCAUUAAAUCUCUUGUCUUGAAGCCACACAGAAAAAGAGACGGUACAGUAAACCCUUACUGAUGUGCUUUAGCCACGUUCACCUCAAUAGGCCAGUUUUCUGCUGAGUUACUGUUUGUUUAUGUCUGUGAGCAGAUGUGAAGGUGUGUUUGUGAUAUCUUUACUUGUUUUAUUUUAAUCGUCAACACGCUACAGACUCUGGCUGCGUUCAGAAUAGCGUACUUGCAUACUGUGCAUUCUAUUUCUGCAGGAUGCAUGCAGAAAAUACACAGACCAAUGCAAUGGGCUUGACACUUCCAGUAUAACGAUGCUUUGUUUGGACUUAAUUAUUAUAUUAUCAAUUAAUUAUAUGAUCAAUUGCAUUAAAUUAUUUUUAGAUUUAUAUAGUUUACAUUUUAGUAAUUUUAUGUGCUUUUAUUGUUUAUAUAUGAAUAAAUUAAAGCUAAAUAGAAAUAUUAAAUAUUUUGUUUACUAUGUAUGAUAUUUUAUAUUUCUUUUUUAACUUUAUUUAUUUUUUCAUUUUAGUAGGCUACUUUAAAUUCUGGAAUGAUCAUUUUAGCAGCUUAUUAUUAUUAUUAUUAUUAUUACUUUUUGUAAUAGCAAUGUUCACAGUAUCCACCUUAUUUUGCGACACGGAAGUAAGCUAUUUUCUGUGAAUGUUCGAGAAUAUCCGAUUCUUUAGCUGCUAGGUAAAUAACAAAGUGCAGUAAACGGUAAAACUUUUUGUUAAUAAUAUGAUAAGCAAUAAUAUCAAGCAGCAUAACGGACUUUGCACAGCUAAAAUACCUGGAAGCUAAUGAUACCGGAAGUCUCGCACAUUCAAAUUACAAAUGGCGCACCCGAUCGUCAAAAAUAAAGUGGAUAGUACAGCUGAUCCUGCACAGUACGCUUAAAGGGAUAGUUCACCCAAAAAUGAUAACUCUGUCAUCAUUUACUCACCCUCAAAUAGUUCCAAACCUGUAUGAAUUUCUUUGUU